AUGUCGAGGUUUUUUGAACAUGAUCAACUUCUUUUUAAAAAUGGUCAAUGUUCAUCUUUGCACAUCAUCUAUACUGCCUCUGGAAUUUGCUCAAAACGAUUUUCUUCGUUGCCUUUAUUUUUUCUGCUAUUAUUCUCUCUAUUUUUUGCUCAUUCAUUCGCAAUUAUUUUAUCUGGAGCGCCGAAUUCAUAUGCAAGGUAUCCAAAAUGGGCGCACACUUUUGAGAAUGAACUUUCUCUAGAUUUUCGAACAAAAUCAUCAAAUGCACUCUUAUUAUAUGUUGAUGAUGGUGGUAUACAAGGGAAUUUUUAUUCUCUUACAAUCGCAGAUGGUAAACUACAACUUGAUUUCAGCAUAUGUAUAUUUUGGCGUAAUGCCGUCCUAAGGAACAUGGCUCCAUUAGGUAAACGUCCAGGCACCCACGUUGCAGUUAUUUUAGUAGGAUUGAUCCCUUUUCGCGAUACAUUGUUUGACAAGCUUGGUGACGAUGCUGAUCUGACUUACAAUCGUCCAACAAUUACAAUGCGUGUUGACGAUAUCUUGGUUAAUGAUAACAAUUGGCAUCGUCUUGCACUUUUUCAGGUACAUUUGUACUUCGCAUGGGAAAAUAUCAAGCUCCAGCUUGAUGACGUUGUUAAAUUCAAAAUUCUAAAUCAACAAAACUUUGCAUUUGGUAAUCUUAAAACAAGUUCUGAUGUCUUUGUCGGUGGAGUUCCGAAGGAUAUUCAUCUUUUUGGAUCGAUGAGUUCACCGCUGAAACGGCAUACUAAAACUUUUAAUGGCAAUAUUAAAAACCUCGUAUACAGGCUUCAUCCACAAGGUAUGAGGCGAUCUAAUCGUAAACAAGGCGUAACUUCGCCUCAACUUAUCGAAGGAGUUGGUAUAAGACAGUCAGAUGAUGAUUACUGCAAACCAACUGGCAUUAUCCGUACCGAAGAACAUUAUUGCAAGAAUGACGGAUAUUGUUAUAGUACCAAUGAAGGUCCUAAAUGUGAUUGUUCUUUUUCGGACUAUGGAGGUCGAAGAUGUGAUCAAGCUAAAACAGAUGCAGAACUCUCAUUUUUCGGUCAGGAAUGGUUGGGAUACGACGUUGGCAAUAAUUCAGCAGCCGUCAUAAGGUCAAGAUUCGAAAAUAUCAGUUUUUCAUUCAAAACCGUCCAUGGAAAAGCGCUCAUUUUUAUUAUAGGCGAUCAACAGAUAGCUAGAGAUGGCGCACAAGCUAUGUCGUUCGGUAAUUUAUUCCAGAAAUUAAUAUUGCGAAUAAAGAAAUCAUGA